CACACACAUUCCUUUAGGGUUUUGCGAAGCUACUGGGGUUGCGUUGUUCGGUACUAACCGUUACCGCCGUGUCUACUCGACCGAGGAAUCCACCCUACACGGUGACCCUACACCAUAUUAAUCGCAUCAACUGUUUACACCGGUACCAAAUUUUCUCCAAAUUUUUUCUCUUGAUUACACGAUCAGAAUAUGGUAGAAGCAGGAGAAGAAGUUAUCGAGUUCAAGUGGGGUAAUAUGAGAUCGGUUGGCGGGAGGAAGAAGGACGUGCGCUUUUUCGACUCGUUUUUCUACGAUGGUGUGGAAUACUCGCUCUUUGACUCGGUGUUUCUAUACAAGGAAGGCGAGCCCGAGCAUUACAUUGGUAAAAUCAUUAAAAUAUGGGAGACCGCUGAUAAGAACAAGAGAGUCAAGGUUCUGUGGUAUUUUCGUCCUUCCGAGAUUGUAAACUUUUUGGAAGGAAAUGACGCACUCGAGAACGAGUUGUUUCUGGCAUCUGGUGAAGGUGAAGGGCUUGCAAACGUCAAUCCCCUGGAAGCUAUUGCCGGAAAAUGCAAUAUUAUUUGCAUUUCUAAGGACAGCAGGAAUCCAUAUCCAUCAUAUGCAGAAGUUAAAAUGGCUGAAUUUGUAUUCCAUCGUUUCUUUGAUGUUGGAAAGUGUAAGAUAUUGGAUAAGAUAGAUGACAAGAUUGCUGGAAUUGAAGUUAAAAAUAUUUUUAACAAAUUAGAUAGUCGAAAGCAUGUUGAUAUUGUGAAACCCUGUUUAGAAAAGAAAGAGGUUAGCGGGAACUACACGGCAUAUAAUGAAGCUGUGGCGCUUUUGAGUCAAAAUAACAGUCAGCCAUUGAUUGAAAAACCAGAUGGCAAGUGUUUUGACGCAUUAGCUAGAGAAAAAGCUGUUUCUAAAUCAUCGUUGGGAAAAAAACCUACUUUGAGAACUGGUGUGAAGGAAGCAAGUGAACUUAAUGAUUCUUUGCACCUGGUUUCCAACAACAAGAGUGCACCUCAAGAUAAAGUUGAAGAAAAUGGAGGUCACAAGGCCUCCUUUGUUAAACAAAAAACAUUUUCUAAAUUAUCACACGGUUCUAGAACCGGUUUGAAAAUGGCUAAAUUGGACAAUGGGCAUGGAAAUGACUUUAUUGAGAAGAACAUUUCCACGUCUAGAGUUAAUUUAGGAAAGGACGACCACGAGGAUGUUGAUGUUUCGGUUGGACAAUUUAAUAAGGGACUAGUGGAGGAAAUGGCUUCCAAGAAGGAAAAUCGGGGUGGUUUUGGUAAGGUUUCUAGUGCAAAGAUGAACAAUAUUGGGAAAAGUCGAAAGCUUAUUAUUUAUGACGAUGAUGAUGAUAGUGACGAUGAUGUGAAGAUUGUAGCUCCAUCUUCAUCUAAAGAUAAAUAUAAGCUUCAAGGCGAAGUGGAUUCUUGUGAUGUGGAGGAGCUUCCUUCCAAGAGGUUAAAGGUUGACAAGACAACAAAACUGACAAGUGACAAGUUGUGCAAAGACUCUUCAGUGAUUUCGUCGAAUGUGGAACUUAAGAGAGAUUUUCACCCAACAGAAGUUACUCGAAGACCUGAUGAUGAUAGAAGCAAAUGGUUUAGGGAAAUUCCUUGGGAAGAAAAAAUGAAAUCUGCUUUUGAGCAAGGAAAACUUGUGCUACUUCAAAACUUGGAUCCAUCUUUAUCUUCAUCAGAGGUACAGAAUAUUAUUUGGACUGGCUUUAAAGAACGUUGCACUGCAAAGGUGUUCCACAGAACUGACUACACUAGCCCUCAUUCUGGUCAAGCUUUUGCUAUAUUUAAGAAAGUGGAAGCAGCAGCAAAGGUUGUUAGAGAACUAGAUGAGGGCUGCUUGUUAUUGUCAAAUGGACUACCCCUUGUUGGAAGCUUUGGAGUUCCUUACUUUCCAGAAAAGAAGCCAGUAUUCUAUGGGCAUCAUGUUGUUGAUCAACUUAGAAUGCAGAUGCAACGAGAAAUGAAAGAUGCUGUAUCUACUUCACAUUGUUCUCAGCCCAACAAUAUUGAAUAUGACAUGGCCAUAGAGUGGUGCUUACUGCAAGAAAGAGCAAACAAAUCAUUGAGAAUAUUAUAUAAGCAACAAGGCGAGCAGUUGAGAAAACUCAAAGCUAAGCUGAAGUCUAAAACUUAACUGACAUCCAUUGACCAUAUACACGUUUUUAGUGUGACCGAAUUCUUGGCGCUUCUGGAUCUAAUGAAUUUUGACUGGGAUUGACUUGUUCAUUGAGGCAGUGAGUUGCAUUACGCAUAUUUUGGUUUGGCAGUUGUAAAUACUACUAUUUGGGGGUUUGGGCGUUUAUAGAAGCUCACUUCAUUGCAAAUCCCUGCCGAUCAAGGUGGUUCUCGGUGUUAGCUGUUUGGUCUUUUGGUGGGAAAUAUGAAAAGUUUGGCUAUAUAUUACUUUUGCCUUAUUUGUUAUUGACCGAAAGGCCAAAAAAACCAGCCAAGUUCAAGGCUGCUUAGCUAUGAGCAAUCAUAGGUAUGUGUAUUUAUUGAAAGACCAUGCUUAGCUAAUGCAUCCGUCGUUAAAUUGAAUCCUUUCUUUCUACACAUGGUUCCAGGAUAGUUUGGUAAGUGACUUGCUUUUAGUGGCUUGCCAUGGCCAAGACAGCCUCUAAAGCUUAAAAAAUGUUAAUUGAAGUACUUGCUUAGGUAAUUACAAGAUAAGGCAUUUCCACGACCACUUAAUGGUGGUCAUUUACGAGUUCA